UCCUACUCUAUUGUCAGUGUCUGCUCUGUCAAACCUAGAAAUGUGAACUCAUAAGGACAAAUACAAUAUGCCACAAAGUCCCAAAGCAGCUGACUGCCAGCAACAGCUAACAUUCACCUAUGAGAAUCACAGAAUCAGUUCAGGUGGGAAUGGACCACUGGAGGACUCUUGGUUCCCCACAUCCUUGCCCCACCACCAAACCAUGGAUCCCACAUGAUAUGACACCUAUUGUGCUGGAAAUAGCAGCAAAGGAGAAGAUGGCAGGCAGAGAAAUCUUCUCCUUAUCUCCAUGACAGCAAAGUAGGCAGCAACUCAGCAGGAUGCACAACGUCUGUGAACUCCUCACUUCACUAGGCAAUGCAAUGCAGUGUCUUUGCUCCUUCUGUCACAAAACUUUGUUUCUGAUCUCUGAACUGGUGGAACGUUAAAGGCAGAAGAACACUGAAAUACUGGGGGAUCUUUUGAGUUGUGUGUGAAGGUGAGAGUAUUCAUGUGAAACAUAGACUUUUCCAAGCAGUGACUACUACCACAGAGCAGUCUGAAAGGGCUCCAUUUAUGGCCAUAGUAACCAGCACCCCCUCUAUCCACAGCUAGUGACAAGGCUCUCCAAAUUUUCAAGAGAUUAGGAAUUACGCAUUUCAGUUCUACUGGCAUGAAUCUUUUGAAACACACCCAGUGCAAAUAAUUUUUCCCCUGGGAACUAUGUUCAAAUCUAAGGGUCAAUAUGGCAAUACCAGCAAUAAGUAACCACCUUACUGAGUCACUCCCUGAACUCGCUAAUGGAGAUGGAACAGUUAAUUAGGCAAGGAGCUUAACCAAAGUACAAUACAUCUCCUGUAUCAACACAAUCCAUGCUGUGACACUCAUCUUUGCCCUGUACUUAUGACCUUCAUGCUGUACAGAAGACAUUCUUAUUGACACUACCCAUGGGCAACACCUUCUUCUAAUUACCUUCUCUACAAGGGGGAUUUCAUCAUCAGGGCUCCUGCUCUGUGCGUGUGUGUAUAUAUAUAUCUGCUCUCACAGAUACAGGAAUACACAUCUCAGAUAAUCUUACUGGAAUACCAAGACCACAGGCUAGCUGUGAAACAAGUCAAGAACCCGUGAGUACCAUGAAGAUAACAGGUGCCUUUGUGCUUCUCACGCUGGCAGUUCUUUGCUUAGCAAAUGCUGCCAAAGAGAAUGAGGUAGACUGCAGUGAAUACAGUCGGUUAGAGAGAGGAAGACCUAUUUACUGUGAAAGACUCUAUCAACCUUUCUGUGGCUCUGAUGGGAAAACGUAUAACAACAAGUGCUCUUUCUGCAAAGCAGUGCUGAAAAGCAGAGGUACCUUACAAAUGAAGCAAGCAGGGGCAUGCUGAAUGGAUUCUGCAUGGUAGAGAAGAGGGCUGAGAACAGCUUUACACUGCCUUAUCACAAUCUCUUAAUUUAAUUUCUUUCAUUCUGCCUGAUCUGGUGAUGGUGAACAAAGCACACAGCAGCUUUUUCAGCUGUGCUCUGUCAUUUGCUGCUUCUCUCUGCUCCCAGGUGUUGGGAUUGACACUUCUGUCCUCCCUGCAAAGCACCUCCUCAGGAUUCCUGUUUCUGUAGCAAGUUGGUUUUCACAUGAGCUCUAUUAUUCUGACAGUGCUGCCUGAUCUUAGUGGACACGUCUGUGCAGGCACUGCCUCUGUUUUCCUUGUUGAAGUGUUUUCUUUCAUUUACUCAAACUUUCACAGAUUUUUUUUUUUUUUUUUGGCUUCAGCUUUCCCAGGUAGUGCUUUGAUUCUACCAGGUUUGCAGCUAAAUUUUACAUGCUCAUUUUUCUUCCACCUCUACAAUUCUGAUUCAUACAUGUUGUUUAGCUACUUAUUCUGCAUGUUUAUUAAAAUAAACGUUGACUUGUUU